CGGCCAGCAGAUUGAAAGCUGCGCUGAAGGGACUCAUUCUUCUGGUGAGGGAAGUCCUCACUGUCUGGAUCAGAGCUCUGGACCUGGAAGGAACCUCCACCGCGCACUUCGAUGAGCCAAAGCACCGGCACGGACGAUGCGUUUGGCGCCGCGCAGGCUGUCUGAGACAAGACGCGCGCCACAGAUGACAUGGGUACCGCUCCUGGAGUUGCACUGUCCCGACAUCGGGAGAAAAGUCUCGCCGUGCUGGUGGAGCUGCUUGUGCUGAUGGUUCAACUUUGCGCUGCUUUUAAUUUGGAGACCGAGAACCGCGUUGUAUUCAGCGGACCAGCUGGGAGUUAUUUCGGCUACUCGGUGGAGUUCUUCGGCGACUCUUCAAGAGUCAGUGUGCUAAUCGGUGCUCCCAAGGCCAACACCAGCCAGCCUCAAGUCACUGAAGGGGGAGCCGUCUUCUUGUGCCCCUGGAGCCAGAACAACUGCAGCAUUAUCAACUUUGACAAUCAAGGGGACCAGUAUUUUUACAUCAAUAAUGUAACCACUCAGGUCGAGUUUAAGUCCCAUCAGUGGUUCGGAGCAACAGUACGUUCCCAUGGCAAUAAUAUCCUGGCUUGUGCUCCAAGGUAUUACUGGAGAACUGAACAUGAAAUACCGUUUGCAGACAUGACAGGAACCUGCUACCUCUCUGUAGACAACCUCAGAACAUUUGUGGAGUAUGCUCCCUGUAGAACAGAGAGACAUGGACCUGCUGGUCAGGGCUUCUGUCAAGGGGGUUUCAGUGCUGACUUCACCAAGGACGGAAGGGUUGUGAUUGGGGGACCAGGCAGCUUUUACUGGCAAGGCCAGCUGAUCUCAGCAACCACGGAGGAGAUUGUGAAGGCCUACUACCCGUCUUACUUUCUGCUGUCUGUAGCCGGGCAGGUUCAGACGCGGCAGGUGCAGGGCAGCUACGAUGACAGUUACCUUGGUUAUUCUGUGGCUGGCGGUGAGUUCAGCGGGGACGAUGAAGAAGACUUCAUCACAGGAGUUCCGAAAGGACUGAUGCUGUAUGGUUUAGUGUCCAUACUAAAUGGAAGUGACUUGAAGUCGCUGCUGAACUUGACGGGCGAGCAGAUGGGCUCCUACUUUGGAUAUGCAGUGGCAGCUACUGACAUCAACAGCGACGGACUGGAUGACCUUGUGGUGGGGGCGCCACUAUUUAUGAUCCGGGGGCCCAACGGUCGUCUGGAGGAGCUGGGCAAGGUGUAUGUUUACCUGCAGGUGGCGCCUAUGGAACUGCAGCCGAGCGAGCGUCAUCUCCUCGGCUCGCAGCCCUUCAGUCGGUUUGGUACGUCACUGGCUCCCUUAGGUGACCUGGACCAGGAUGGAUUCAAUGAUGUGGCCAUUGGCUGUCCCUAUGGAGGAGCUGACCAGCAGGGGCUGGUUCUUAUAUACAAUGGACACAGUGGUGGACUGAAGGACACACCCACGCAAGCUCUCUCUGGCCAAUGGGCUUACAGCGCUUUUCCCUCAAAUUUUGGUUAUGCUCUCAGAGGAGACCAAGAUGUGGACCAAAAUGGCUACCCAGAUCUGCUUGUUGGUGCUUUUGGAGCAGACAAAUCGGUGCUGUACAGGGCCCGUCCAAUCGUGAGUGCCAGCGCCUCACUCAGUGUGCAGCCCACCAUGUUCAACCAGGAAGAGAGGCUUUGUGAGCUCAUAGCUGGGGGCGAAACCACGUCUGUGUCAUGUGUUAGCAUCAGCUUCUGCCUGCAGGCCAAUGGGAAGCACCUCCCCUCUUCACUAGGGUUUGUGGUAGAAGUUCAGUUGGAUAGCGUGAAGCAGAACCAGAACCAGUCCAUUCGGAGGACUUUGUUCCUGGACACCAAGCUGCCCAGUCUGCUGAAGACCAUUCCUCUCACGAACGGAGAGCGCUCAUGUCACGAUGCAAAGAUCUAUCUGCUGGCGGAAGACGAGUUCCGAGACAAACUCUCUCCCAUUUACAUCAGCCUAAACUUCAGCCUGGAUCCUCAGGUGGAGACGGACCAACAUGGGCUCAGACCUAUCCUGAAUUAUCAGACUCAACAGUUAAUAGAGCAGAAGGCCCAGAUUCAGUUGGACUGUGGCGAAGACAACAUCUGCGUCCCUGACCUGAAGCUGGCUGUUUAUGGUGACCGAACACACGUGUACCUGGGGGAUGAAAACUCACUCAGUCUGACCUUCAAUGCCCGCAAUGAGGGAGAGGGAGGAGCCUAUGAGGCGGAGCUCCAUGUGGUUCUCCCUCCUGAAGCCGACUACAGUGGAAUCGCACGUAACAAUGUGAGUCUGACCCAGCUGACCUGCAGUUACGAAGCAAAAAACCAGACCCGCUACCUGAUAUGUGAUCUGGGAAACCCCAUGAAGUCUGGAACCAGCUCAUGGGGUGGCCUCCGUUUUACUGUACCCCGACUAAAAGAUACCUACAGAACUGUUCAGUUUGAGCUUCAAAUAAAAAGUAAAAACGCCAACAACUCAGAGAGCGAGGUGGUACCGUUCCAGCUGGAGGUGGCAGCGAUGGCUGAUGUCAUCCUUCAGGGUGUUUCGCGGCCUGACAAAGUCUUCUUCCCUCCCCCCAAAUGGAGCGCCAGCCAGAGUCUGAGGAGCGAGCUGGACGUGGGCCCUGAGCUGCAGCAUGUCUACGAGUUGGUGAAUAACGGGCCCAGCAUAAUGAGCCAGACCAUGUUAGAAGUACGGUGUCCCCUGAGGGUUCAAGGCCAGGAGCUGCUGUACCCUGUCAGGAUAGAGACGGAGGGGCCCCUCACCUGCUCUUCCAAACACACCUUCAAUGCACUGAAGCUGCAGCCGCAGAAGCCGCCAGCAGCGGCGCUGACGUCCGACCCGCCACACCGGGUCCAGAGGAGGGAGGCGUACACCAUGGCUGAACUAGGAACUAACCUGACCUGCGCCACUGUUGAGUGCUGGACGCUGCAAUGUAGCGCCGGCCUGAUGGAGAGAGGCUCCAGCGUCAUCCUGAGAGUUCACUCCAGGAUCUGGGCUGAGACCUUCAUGGAGCGAUUCAACAAGCAGUAUCUUCUGGAGUGUGCUGUUCAGUUCAAAGUGGAAAAAAUGCCGUAUACGAUUCUCCCCAAAUCCAAACCGUCGGGAACUAAGAAGGUGGUGACAGCGGUGAUGUGGAAUAAGCCCGACAAUAUCUUCUCUAUUCCGGUUUGGAUCAUCAUUCUGGCUGUUCUGGCUGGACUGCUGCUGCUCGCCCUCCUGAUAUAUCUGCUGUACAAGAUGGGCUUUUUCAAACGGUCCGACCCGUACGGCACCACCAUGGAGAAGGCUCAGCUCAAACCCCAGGCGUCCUCUGAAGCGUAGCCCCCACACCAGCUCCUUCCCAGCAGCUGGUCCUAACAACUGGAAUCACCUCCAUGUGGACCCUUUGAGUCGCGGGUGCUGGAUCACUGGACUUCUGGUGCUGCACUCUGGCCAGCGGCAAGUGGCCGUCAAGGAUGCACUGUUGCUGUUGUGGCGGACGUUUAUUUAUAUUGGGCAGCGUGUCAAGGAAGGUGCAGGUCUCAAGGAGACUCCAAAGAUUGAUGGAAAACAAAAGCAGCACCCCAAGCCCUCGCCGAACCCUGGAGAAGGCUUUAGUCCGUCUUAUUUAUGCUCUGUGCAGCUGAUGAUCACAUGAGGUGUCACUCUCUGCAGGACAGCCCUUGGCGGCCUGCAUCUGCCCUCUCCCAUAUUGGGAGGUCUCCUGUCUAUAGUUUCUUAUGUAUGUACAGUACUGUCAUUGUGGUGUUCUGACCCACUGGUGGUGUGGCCUGGAAUAAAGCCCAGAAUUUAAUACUCAUCCUCACUCUCUGUUGUGUGUCUCAGUUUACAUGUGUGUGCACAUGACACUGGUGCGUCCUCAGUGUGUUCACUCAUUUGUAUUUUGAGUUUGCGUUGUCCUACUAGUAACAAGUAGUUUUUUUUAUGUGUGUGUGUGUGUGUUGUUCAUAUAUCAUGAGUGUGUUUAUAUAUAUGUACAAUACAGGGUGUGUGUGAAGCGUUUGUUACUUAGUACUUGUGUUGUGCCUGUGUUAGUGCCUGAUUAUUUUGUGUGAGAUCUGCUCUGUGUGUAGUGCAUGUUUGUGGCUAUAGUUGUUGAAAGUGAUUGUGUACUUGUGUAUUUUGUAAUAAUACAAAAAAUACACAAAUAUUGUGUAUUUGUGAUUGUGUGUGUGUUGAGAGAAACACCAGUCAAACUGUGUUCAGUGUGUUUCUGCCGUGAGUACUUUCAGCUCUACUGAAUACUUGUUGCAUUGUGUGUUUGUGAAGCAUGUGUGAUACUAUCAAAUGUGUGUUUUGAUGCAUGAAAGUUUUUCUUUUGGUGAUGAAGUCUGUGUGUGUACUCGUAUAGCUAUCCUUGUGCGGAGUACUUCUUGGAAACACACCUAUUUGUGAGCAUUGUGAGCACGUUUUGCCCAAGCCUCAAUUUGAGCAUGAAAUGUCAAAAUAACAGGGUCAUUCGAAUUGGGUUGCAGUGUGGUUCAGAGUCCUGGCGAAGGUUAGCCAUGUGCUUUGGAUGGCUAAGUAAAUGGAGAGAGGCUGGGGAAAGGGUUAUGGUAAUGAGAGGUCCUCACAAAAACAGAAAUGUACAUCUGUGUGUGUGUGUUUUCAUAUGAGGAGGUGAGGUUUUAAGAGUGACACGUGUGUCACUGUGUCUCACUACUUAACUGGUGCUCCCCGGUGAG